UCAAUUCCUUGGUUUUGUACAACAUGGAAAUUUAGACAAAUUUCAACGUUUUAAAAUUUCCACAUCCAAACGACCCCUAUAUGUAAUAUAGUCGAGAAGGGGGCGAGUCGGGGCAGGUCGGAUCGAUGAGAGGUACCCAUGCCCGUCCCGUCCCGUUCCGCUCCAAAACAAGUCAAACAGGUCGGGUAAAUUGGGUCAGGUCAAAAUUGCUAUUCCUACUUGCUUUCCUGGGCCGCGAGGGAGGGAGAGAGAAAGUCAGCAAGGGCUCGACGGGAGAGAGUAAAAGAAGCGUAACGUGUAUGGAGAUUCGCUACUGAUUUUGCCGACGGAAGCAGCUGACAUUAGACGGAAGGAAGCUCGGCGAGGGCGACAGAGUAAGCGAGAUUGGGAAGAGAGUCGUGGCACGCUGCGGGUCCGACGAGAAGAGAAAUCAGAACGAGUGAAGAUCGAGGAGAGCGCAAGGUUUCUGCUUUGAAUUUCUUGACGCCGUCGGUGAUUUUCUUACCCUUUCUUAUUUCGAAACUACAAUGGGUUUCUUUGUGAUUCAGCAAUGCCUUCACGCAGGCGAAGUUUUAGGGUUUACCCUCCUCGGGAGAUUGUUUGAGUAGUGGAAGGGAAUGGUUUAGAAUUAAGUGGUGGUUGAAAUUGAAAUUUACGCUAGUUAGCUCUUAGUGUUGGAAUUUGGUAUGCCAUCGAUAGACAUGUUUGUGAAUCUGUUGGUUGUUGCAGGUUGCUUGAGUGAAACUGCUCAAAAGGUGGCUUCUUUUUCUUCCCCUGUGAUGUGACCUUUCUGGGGAUUGACUGACUGCCUGCUUUAUCUUCCCCUAAAACGUUUGAUGUUUGUUUGAUUCGUCUGGUCUUAACUAAUGGAGAAAUAUCUUCUUGUGGUAAAGAAGUUGUUCUUCUACGAAUCAGAGUGGAACUAGAUUUUCACUUGCUUAUCCUGAGAUAUCUAGUGUUUUCCGUUCUUAGAUAGGUUGGGGAAUUGUGACUCACUGGCUUUUAUUUUGUGCUGUGAUUGUUGAGUGGAGAGCAUGAGAAGAUAAAUGCUUUUGGUUUCUGAUUUGAUAGAUACAGUUUCACCAUGAAUGUCUGUGAGGUGUUGAUUUAGUAGGUUUUGUUUUGCUAACCGGGGUGUUUGUGGGAAAUUAUCCAGGGAAAAGCUUUGUGAAAUGAGAGGAAGGAGUUACAGUCCAUCACCCCCAAGGAGCCACAGUAGGAGGAGGAGGAGUCCAAGUCCUAGGGGACGAUAUGGUAGUCGCGGAAGUGGGAGAGAUCAGCCUACUAGUCUUCUCGUUCGGAACCUUCGUCACGAUUGCAGGUUGGUGGAAAGUCCCCAUUCGUAUUCAUAAAUACUGGCUGGAGAUGUUCUUUUGUGUGUGUGUGUGUUUGGUCUUGUCUGGUCUUGUCUUGUAAGAUUGGCAUUCUGUUUCCUGUAACCUGAUUGCUUUCGCUCCACAGUUAAUUCUCCUUUUUCACAUACCGAACUGAUUUGGAUGAGACAGAUAGUGUCAGCAUCAUACUUAAUUGUUCUGCAAUUUCACACAUGAGGAACUUAGGGUAUGCAACUCCUUUAUUUUGCAGACCAGAAGAUCUUCGUAGGCCCUUUGAACGGUUUGGUCCUUUGAAGGAUAUUUAUCUGCCCAAAGAUUAUUAUACUGGGUGAGGAUGUGUUUCUGAUUAUAGACUGUUUUCUUUUUGUCUAUGGCACCUCUUGGUUGUGGUUUUGUAAUGAUUGCUGGUGUUUAAGUGUUCCUUGGUUAUUUUCUUUUCUUUUCUUUUCUUUCCCUCUUUUGCACGUUUAGCUGGUAUCAUUUUCUUUGUAGACCACUUGAAAAAAAUAGGGAACGUGGAGCAGUUUCAGAGCUUGAAUCUCUGGGAAUACAAAAGAAUGGUUGAAUUCCUUAUGAACUGCAAAUUUUAGAAGUUCAGUUUCUGACAGUUUAAUUUUACUACUAUAAGAUUUUGGUAAGUGCAUGUCAUUAAGAACCAUAGUUCCAUGAAAGAAUGGUUGAAUUCCAUAGAAAUUGCAAUUUAAAAGUGUAGUUUCUGACAGUUUAAUUUUAGUAGUGUAAGAUUUUGGUAAGUGCAUGUCACUAAGCACAAUAGUUCCAUAAAAGCGCUAAUUAAGUGAAUCUUAAGUUUUUAUAGUAUUUUAGUUGGCUUAGAAUUUGUGUUUGGAUCAAAGAUUUGUUUACUAUGGGGUUUUCUUCAUGAUGUCAUCUCUUGCAAUUAAAGUUGGGUGGCCGUUAAUUAAAGUUCUUGAGAUGUUAUAGUGAAAUAUAAUGUUUCGAAGACAUCAACCAAGUAAUUAGAGUUUUCUGGAAGGUGGUGGUAAUGGUAGUGAAGAUUGAAGGAAGUGUGGGUUUGAAUACAUUAUGAAGAUGUUUCAAGUCUUGAAGAGUCUCGAGACAUCUUCUUACUAACACUUGAAGGUCAGCAAACCAGGUGCUUGCUUUCUGAUGUUAAUGUUUAUUGCGAAUGACCUUUGUAUAUAUUACGAAUUGUGUUAGUACACUUUGUUGGCAAAGGAUGGUGAACUUUGAGCUAUUCAUUCACGACCUAUGAAUUGGAUCCUCAUAUUCCUUUUUGUUUCUGCACUUUUUAUUUUGAAGUGAACCUCGUGGUUUUGGGUUUGUCCAAUAUGUGGAUCCUCAUGAUGCUACCGAGGCCAAGCAUCAAAUGGAUGGUCGAGUUCUUCAUGGUCGCGAGUUAACUGUUGUGUUUGCGGAGGAGAACAGGAAGAAGCCUACUGAAAUGAGGACAAGGGAGCGAGGGAGGUAGGAUUCACUUGUUCACUGGCUUUCAUUCUUUAGAUUGAAUGUUCUCUAAUCAAACUAUAUGCGAGUGAGAAGAUGUUUUAUCGAGAUUUCAAUUAACACGGCCAAGUGCUUGAUUUCCAGUGGUGUUCGGUUCUGUAUCCUGUUGUGCUGAUAUUUCAACUGUGUGAUCUCUUUCAUAUACUGGACCAAAAUCAUUGUUUCUUUGAUCCAUUUAGUUAACUUGUUGUCGCACUUAAAAGUCAAGUAUUAUAACUAAUUCUGCUAUACUCAUCUUGCUAGAGUAGUAUACUUUGGAAUAAGAGGAUAAUUGAUCAAGUACAAAUCUGCAUCCUCUGUAUUAAUUUGGAGAUAGUAUGUAGACUUCUGCUGUCUAACUUCAGUGGAAUGGUGGUUAACUUUGCAGUAGAGGAGGAGGAGGAGGAGGUCGAAUGCGUGACAGGAGGUGGUCCCCACCUCGUUAUUCCCGCUCCCCUCGCUAUUCACGUUCACCUCCUCCACGCGGGCGUGCGAGAUCAAGGUCACACAGUGGUGGUUAUUAUUCUCCACCUCCAAAACAGCAAAGGCGAUACUCUAGAUCGGUAUCACCUCAAGAGAGGAGGUAUAGCAAAGAGAGGUCGUACUCACCUCGAUCGAGGAGCCGCAGCCAGACACCACCUCCGAGGAGGGCUCCAAGCGAGGAGGGAAAUGGGGUUGGGAGGAGCAGGAGUCCCAGCAGAAGCCGCAGUCCACCGCCACCUAGGAGGAGCAGGAGCCCUGCAGAUAGGUCCCUUAGCCCGUGAUUCUUCAGCCUGGGUGGAGAGUUAUUCUCUUCGCUCGCUCCUUCGUUCGUUCUGUGUCUUUUAAAACGGCCACCGAGUUUGCCCUGUAGUGUAGUAGCGGAUUUGGGGAUAUUUGGUAAGUGAUGUAGGCUGCAAUAUUCUCUGCUUCUGCUUUUGUUUUGAUUCGGUAACCUGUAGCAUGGUUAACCUGCAACUUGGAAUUCUGUUGUUUUUAAUCCAACCAAGCCACUUUUAGGUUUAGCAUAAUAUUUCAUUUUGUUUUCGGUUACAAACCCAGUUCAUAGUCUUCCAUAGCAGGAAUCUUACAACAAUAGAUAACUUAUUCAGAA